AUGGAGAAGAAGCUAAACCCUAAUCCUCAUGAGCGUGUCAGACAAGAUGUGUCCAAUUCCUGGUUGGAGCUUCCUCAAGAUCUCGUGAAUUCGGUUUUCGAACGUCUUAGCUUUGCUGAUUUCCAACGAGCUAAGUCUGUCUGUUCGUCUUGGCACUCUGCCUCGAGACAACAGAGUGUUUGUAAGGCAACCUAUGGAAGUUGGCAUUUGAUGCAAGAUCCUUGUUAUAAUCUCUACAUUGUGAAUCUGUUUUUCCACGAGAGUAUCAACCUACCUCCUAUGGAAUCACAACUUGGAAUGACAAAGAUUGAGCGAACCUAA